AUGACGGAAAGCGUGGAUGACAGGACUUUCAAAGAUCUUUUGGUGAAUGUGCAAUCCAUUCUGAUUGCUGCUUCCGUAAAAUGUCGCGUAGUAGAUGAGAGUUUCCCAGCCAAGUUCUUUGAGAAAAAUCCGGAUAAAAUAUAUGAAUCGUAUUGUAAGUUCAUUAGGAAUAGAAGCAACUCGGAAGGCUCCAUACGUAAUGAGGAUAAGCUGGCUUUAACCACCAUCAAUAAGAGGUUUGAAGAUGGAGAGUAUGAGCCUGUGCAAGGUGGGUUUUACAAGCUGUAUCACGAUAUCAAAUUGGUCUGUACAAUGCUCAUCCACUUUUACCCGCAGGGCACAAGGAACUACCAGUUAGUUGACAAGUUCUACAAAUUCUCCUCUGAACUUUUAUUACGGGAAUGUUUUAGAAUAGGAAUUGCCUUAACACAAACAAAUAAAUCGAAGUCAAGAAGUGGGAAGAUUUUAGGUGGGAACGAGGCGGAUGACUACGAUGAUGAUGAUGCUACAGAACUAGACAAGACUAUCUCCAAUGACUUURUCAAGAUCUCUAUGAACUAUUCUCUACCAAUUUCUCAAACAUUUCAUAUAAAAACCAAAGAUAUGGAUCUUUUCUCGUCGAUCAUUUCUAAAUCUAACCUUGAUAAAAGACCCCAUGAAUUGCCCAACACAAACUUUAAAAUAAACAAUGUCAUACCCCAAACUGACAUAGAAAAUGAAGCCCCUAGAUUAGGAUUUGUGGGCGCUAAUACUAGUAAUAUUCCGGAUCCGACUCUACCACCGACUGAGAUGAUGACAAGGUUUUUGCAUCCUAACUGGUAUGCACUACCUACGACUGUUUGGUUGAAAUAUGGAAACUACAAUUCUUGGGCCCCUUCCUUUAAUGAAAACGGCACAGUUGUGGACUCAACAACAAGAGGGCUUAUUUGGCUUGAAAGAAUAGGUUACAUGGACUUGUAUGAAACAAGCGAAAAAAAGACGACGCAAGAGGAGAAACUGGAUGCGAAUGAAGAUGACAAAAAUAUUGAACAGAAACAUGACCAUGAGGUUGUUGAUGGCAAGAUUGAUGGUACCGAAAGUGUUGAUGACAAUGAUGAUAAUGUAAGUACCACCUCUAAGAAUACUGAGGGCACUGAAGAUAACGAACAGACUAUAAUUAAGCUUCAAAAUCUGUAUAAUUGGACACCAUCGAAUUAUAUUGGGGAUGAUGAAGUCGAAAGCUUCCAAAAUGGUACGCCAGAUAAGUUAGUUUCAGAGUCCCUUUUAAAACUAAAACAAUUAAGAAAAGAGCGGAUUUUAAAUAGAGUUUCCAAGCCCACCACCGAGGAGAGAGAAGUAUAUUUUAAAGUGAAGAGAAUACUAAAGGAAAUUAUUUUGGCCAAAAAAGUUUCCAAGUUACCAAUAAACAGUGUAAGGGCAUUCCCAGUCUUACAAACAAACUACAAUGGCAGUAUACCCGUAGUAAGGGCCCAACCAGGUCGUAAAAGGAAACACAAGAAAUGA